AUGGUUCCGAGCGAUGAGGACAAGGCAAGGAUCCUGGCGGUGAUGACAAGGUUCCUGGCGGUGAGGACAAGGUUACUGGCGGUGUGGACAAGGUUCCUGGCAGUGAAAACAAGGUUACUGGCUGUGAGAACAAGGUUACUGGCAUGAGGACAAGGUUCCUGGCUGUGAGGACAAGGUUCCUGGCGGUGAGGACAAGGUUCUUGGCGGUGACGAAAAGGUUCCUUGCGUCCUGGCGGUGAGGACAAAGUUUCUGGCGCUGGGGACAAGGUUCCUGGCUGUGAGUACAAGGUUCCUGGCGGUGAGGACAAGGUUACUGGCGGUGAGGGAUAGGGCCUGGCGGUGACGACAAUGUUCCUGGCGGUGAGGACAAGGUUCCUGCCGGUGACGACAAGGUUACUGGCUGUGAGGACAAGGUUGCUGGCCGUUAGGACUAGGUUCCUGGCGGUGAGAUCAAGGUUCCUGGCCGUGAGGACAAGGCUCCUGGCGGUGAGGUCAAGGUUCCUGGCCGUGAGGACAAGGUUCCUGGCCGUGAGGACAAGGUUCCUGGCCGUGAGGACAAGGUUCCUGGGCAUGAAGACAAGGUUCCCUGCGGUGACGACAAGGUUCCUGGCUGUGAGAACAAGGUUCCUGGCGGUGACGACAAAGUUACUGGCUGUGAGGACAAGGUUCCUGGCGGCGAGGACUAGGUUCCUGGCUGUGAGGACAAGGUUCCUGGCGGUGAGAACAAGGUUCCUGGCGGUGAGGACAUUGUUACUGACGUUGAAGGCAAGGUUCCUGGCGGUAAAGACACGGUUCAUGGCGGUGAGGACAAGGUUACUGGCGGUGAGGACAAGCUUCCUGGUGGUGAGGACAAGGUUACUGGCGGUGAGGACAAGGUUACUGGCGGUGAGGACAAGGUUUCUGGAAGUGAGAACAAGGUUCCUGGCGGUGAGGACAAGGUUGCUGGGCGUGAGGACAAGAUUCCUGGCGGUGAGAACAAGGUUCCUGGGGUUGAGGACAAGGUUCUUGGGCGUGAGAACAAGGUUCCUGGGCGUGAAGACAAGGCUGCUGCCGGUGACGACAAGGUUCGUGGCGGUGAGCACAAGGUUCCUGGCGGUGAGGACAAGGUUACUGGCUGUGAGGACAAGUUUCCGGGCGGCGAAGACUAGGUUCCUGGCGGUGAGGACAAGGUUCCUGGCUGUGAGGACAAGGUUGCUGGCCGAAAGGACUAGGUUACUGGCGGUGAUAUCAAGGUUACUGGCGGUGAGGGCAAGGUUCCUGGCGGUGACGACAAGGUUCCUGGCGGUGGGAACAAGGUUCCAGGCGGUGAGGAUAAGGGUCCUGGCGGUGAGGACAAGGUUUCUGGCGGUGAGGAAAAGGUUCCUGCCAAUGAGAACAAGGUUACUGGCUGUGAGAACAAGGUUACUGGCAUGAGGACAAGGUUCCUGGCCUUGAGAACAAGGUUCCUGGCGGUGACGACAAGGUUCCUGCCGGUGAGGACAAGGUUCUUGGCGCUGAGGAAAAAGUUCCUGGCGUCCUGAUGCUGAGAACAAGGCUCCUGGCGGUGAGGACAAGGUUCCUGGCGGUGAGGACAUUGUUACUGACGGUGGAGGCAAGGUUCCUGGCGGUAAAGACACGGUUCCUGGCGGUGAGGACAAGGUUACUGGCGGUGAGGACAAGCUUCCUGGUGGUGAGGACAAGGUUCCUGGCGGUGAGGACAAGGUUGCUGGGCGUGAGGACAAGAUUCCUGGCGGUGAGAACAAGGUUGCUGGGGUUGAGGACAAGGUUCCUGGGCGUGAGAACAAGGUUCCUGGGCGUGAAGACAAGGCUGCUGCCGGUGACGACAAGGUUCGUGGCGGUGAGCACAAGGUUCCUGGCGGUGACGACAAGGUUACUGGCUGUGAGGACAAGUUUCCGCGCGGCGAAGACUAGCUUCCUGGCGGUGAGGACAAGGUUCUUGGCUGUGAGGACAAGGUUGCUGGCCGUAAGGACUAGGUUCCUGGCGGUGAUAUCAAGGUUACUGGCGGUGAGGGCAAGGUUCCUGGCGGUGACGACAAGGUUCCUGGCGGUGGGAACAAGGUUCCAGGCAGUGAGGAUAAGGGUCCUGGCGGUGAGGACAAUGUUCCUGGCGGUGAGGAAAAGGUUCCUGGCAAUGAGAACAAGGUUACUGGCUGUGAGAACAAGGUUACUGGCAUGAGGACAAGGUUCCUGGCCUUGAGAACAAGGUUCCUGGCGGUGACGACAAGGUUCCUGGCGGUGAGGACAAGGUUCGUGGCGCUGAGGAAAAAGUUCCUGGCGUCCUGAUGCUGAGAACAAGGCUCCUGGCGGUGAGGACAAGGUUCGUGGCCGGGAGGACAAGGUUCCUGGCUGUGAGGACAAGCUUCCUUGCCGCGAGUACAAGAUUCCUGGCCGUAAGGACAAGGUUCUUGGCCGUGAGAACAAUGCUCCUGAGCGUGAGGACAAGGUUCCUGGUGGUGAGGACAUGGUUCCUGGCGGUGAGGAGAAAUUUCCUGGCGGUGAGGACAAGGUUCCUGGCGGUGACGACAAGGUUCCUCGCGGUGAUGUCAAGGUUGCUGGCGGUGAGGACAAGGUUACUGGCGGUGAGGACAAAGUUCCUGGGGGCGAGGACAAGGUUACUGGCUGUGACGACAAGGUUACCUGCUGUGAGGACAUGGUUCCUGGAUUGGAGGACUAGGUUCCUGGCGGUGAGGACAAGGUUCGUGGCGGUGAGGACAAGGUUCCUGGCGGCGAGGACAAGGUUACUGGCUGUGAGGACAAGGUUGCUGGCCGUAAGGACUAGGUUCCUGGCGGUGAUAUCAAGGUUCCUGCCCGUGAGGACAAGGCUCCUGGCGGUGAGGACCAGGUUCCUGGCCGUGAGGACAAGGUUCCUGGCCAUGAGAACAAGGUUCCUGGCGGUGAGGACAAGGUUACUGGCGGUUAGGAUAAGGUUCCUGACGGUGAGGACAAGGUUACUGGCGAUGAGGACAAGGUUUCUGCCGGUGAGGACAAGGUUCCUGGCGGUGAGGACAUGGUUCCGGGCGAUGAGGACAAGGUUCCUGGCGGUGAUGACAAGGUUCCCGGCGGUGAGGACAAGGUUCCUGGCGGUGUGGAAAAGGUUCCUGGCAGUGAAAAGAAGGUUAGUGGCUGUGAGAACAAGGUUACUGGCAUGAGGACAAGGUUCCUGGCUGUGAGGACAAGGUUCCUGGCGGUGAGGACAAGGUUCUUGGCGGUGAAGACAAGGUUCCUGGCGGUGAGGACAAGGUUACUGGCUGUGACGACAAGGUUACCGGCUGUGAGGACAAGGUUCCUGGAGGCGAGGGCUAGGUUCCUGGCUGUGAGGACAAGGUUCGUGGCGGAGAGGACAAGGUUUCUGGCGCCGAGGACAAGGUUACUGGCUUUGAGGACAAGGUUGCUGGCGGUGAGGACAAGGUUGCUCACGCUAAGGACAAGGUUCCUGACGCUGAGGACAAGGUACCUGGCGAGCAGGACAAGGUUCCUGGCGCUGAGGAUAAGGUUCCUGGCGCUGAGAACAAGGCUCCCGGCGGUGAGGACAAGGUUCCUGGCGAUGAGGACAAUAUUCCUGGCGGUGAGGACAAGUUUCCUGGCGGUGAGGAAAAGGUUCCUGGCGGAGAGGACAAGGUUCCUGGCGGUGAGCACAAGGUUCCUGGCGGUGACGACAAG